CAAUUAGGUCCGAAUUCCCGGCAUAUAAGGAUAUUACCCUCGCUCGUCUUCCAGAUUUCUCCAGUUUCUUUCGCAGACUGGUUCGUCAUGUCUGGUCGCGGCAAAGGUGGAAAGGGCUUGGGUAAAGGAGGCGCCAAGCGGCAUCGUAAAGUCUUGCGAGAUAAUAUCCAGGGUAUUACCAAGCCUGCCAUUCGGCGUCUUGCUCGGCGCGGCGGUGUCAAGCGCAUUUCUGGACUGAUUUAUGAGGAGACUCGCGGGGUUCUGAAGGUGUUUCUAGAGAACGUGAUCCGUGACGCUGUUACUUACACGGAGCACGCCAAGCGCAAGACGGUAACAGCCAUGGAUGUGGUCUACGCUCUCAAACGACAGGGACGCACUCUUUACGGCUUUGGCGGCUAAAAUUCCUGCUUGAACGACUCAACAGCUCGACUUCCCAAAUCAAAGGCCCUUUUCAGGGCCGCCCACAAUUUUCCUUAAAAGAGCUAAUGACUUUUGUUAACCACUUGAUAAGUCAUUGUCUUAUCAACAGCUCUGCCACUUCUGAUCGCUCUGAGAAGAUGGACCUGGAGAAUGAAAAUCUCCAUCUGAUUCUUUUGAACUGAUGUUUCCUUGUUGCUGUGGAGAUACUAUACAUAUAUUUAUGUCAUGAACACUAAAUGACCAGCCCACAGCGUUGUAUUCCAUACUCAGAGACCCUGUUAUUUACUUGACAUCUCUACUUGAAAGUCCAAUUAAUAUGAACUUCCAAUUUCAACAGAAUUUCGUUAUCUCUGACAAAACAGCUAAUCUCAUCAUCUUGAAACUGGUGAAUGGCAUUUAUACUCUGUUAGUUGGAAUCAUUUUUGUCUUUUUCUUUCACAUCCUACAUAACAAUCCAUCAGUAAGUUCUAUGAGCUCUUCCUUGAAAACACAAAUAGAAUCCAACCAUUUCUCAUUCCCACUGCUACUCCUCUGGUCAAGCCACUGCCAUCUUCUACCUUUAUUACUAUAACACCGUCAUCACCUGGUUCUCCCAGAGGAAUUCCAAUAAAGGACAAUUCAGAUCAGAUGACUCCUCUGCUGAAACCCCCACAAUGUUUUUCAUGUCACUUAAUGAAAAACUCAAGGUCCUUUCAGUGGGUUACAGGCCACACUGUCUGAUCCUUAUUAACUCUUUGGCCUCAUAUCCCGCUACUCUUCCACUCCUCCUAGCCAACGCCACCAGUUCCUGGAACUUGCUAGAAGUACUCCUCACAGGAACGACAUACCAAUGGUUCCCCUUGAGUGGUCCAGUCAGCUUCUAGGUUUCUGUAGGUGGUGUUCCCUCACUUCCUUCGGGUUUGUAUUCAAAUAUCAUAGUCUUCUUGAGGCUAUCCAUAACAACAUUGUUUAGCAUUAAAACCCCUCCCCACCACCUCCCUCUGUAUUUUUUUCCUGCCCUUGAGGAGCUUCCAGUCUAUUUGGUCAGUCAAAAUAUGCCUUUAUGGAAAGCAGAGCAAGAAUUAAAUACUAUAUAGAAUGUCAGAAAAGAGG